CUGGAUUUCUUUUUUUGCUUACAUGAUCAGCAUGCUUUCCAUGAGGACGAUUCACAAACAACAACACGAGUCAAUUCAGCACAUUCUGGACAAGACCACCCACGCAGUUCAUCCGAAUGGGAGAGGUGAUAAAGUGAUCAGCGAUACUACACUUCAAAGCAUUCUCGAGGCGACGGUAUUGCAUUUGGAGGCUAAGCUAAGCAAUGUAAGCAAUGCUUGCAUACUAUCUGAUUCUUUUGAACAGUAUAGCGGAUACGCUGUUGAUCCAGAGUUUGUGCUGCUCGAGAACACCAAAAUUGAUGAAAUAUCUAAUCGACGAGUUAUUCGAAGUACUUGUGCUGUUUCUGGAGGUGAAGUGUGUCUUAUAGAGAAGCCUUUCUUCAAUAUCGACGAAUGCUUGAAUAGCUUCAAACAGUUCGAAGCAAUAUCGAAAAGGCAAGGUGUGGCUUUGGCAUUGUUACAUUUUCAAGCAUCUGAAUACGCCGUGCAUCCUGAUUGUAAUGAUGAUACAGAAGGUAGACUGUACACACGUGUAAGUUCAAUCCGUCACUCAUGCUCACCAAAUAGUUGGAUGUCACUAACUGCGGAUGGUCGCAUCAUUCUCCGAGCUCUGCGGAAGAUACAAGAAAACGAGGAGCUCAGACUCACAUACUUUCGAUCGGUCGAACUAUUCCUUCCUAGUGCUGCACGCGUCGAGACCUUAUCGAAGCUCAAUAUAACAUGCGACUGUGGUCGAUGCACGUUUACUGACGACUCCCGUGGCUUCGUUUGUCCAAGCUGUGACAUGAACGGGUUAGUGUUUCUGCCCGCGAUGAAUACUACGACGACAUAUACAUCUUCUAAAUGUACGGUUUGUAGUGUUUCAUUGUCAGGCAGCAAGGCAGGUGUCCUUUCUACAAUGGAGCAGGACUUGGCGGCAAACGUGGCUAAGCUCGAGUCGACUUUUACAAUCGAUCAGUCACUUAAAUCGAUUAAAGAACUUUUGCGUCGCUGCUUGAAUGCCGGGAUAUCUGAUACAAAGUAUCACUUGACACGAACUCUUCACGAUAUGCUUACAGAUUGGUAUGCUCACCGAGGGUACUAUGGUCAAGCGCUCCAGCACCAUAUAAAAACCAUGGACUCCGAUGCCUUUGUUCCUGAACAGUUAGCAUCUGCGUUAGAGAAGCUCGCCGAUCUCACAUCAGGGUACCUCAGUCUGCAACUG